AUGACGAGCAACACCUCUCAUGUCGAAUUCGACAACGGCGGCGUUUUCACGCCCGGCCAACAAGUCACCGGCAAAGUGAUUUUGGAAAGAACCUAUCCGCUGAAGGCGAAAUUCCUGAAAAUCGUCAUCGAAGGCACCGCGCAUAAUCAAUGGAAUUGUCGAGAACACGAAAAAAUAAUCUUCGAAGGAACAUUCGGAUCUAUUCGAUAUACAGUAACCAUGGCUAUUGACAGAGUGUGGGCUCCAAAUAUUAAGAAGACCUAUAGCUUCACCGUUGCUCCCGUUUGCGAUUUGAACUUAAUACCUUUGGCGACAACCCCGAUCACAUGCUUCAGUUCAAAGAAAAGCGGAUUUCCAAAAAUGAGCAACAUCUCAAUGAGAACUAACGUUGGGCGUCAAGGCUUCAUUCCUGGGCAAAUAAUGGAAAUUCUUGUCGAUGUUGACAACAAUUAUCGAGUUCCUUUUCGUAAUGUUCGAAUCGACGCUGCCUUUGCUUUCGGAACGUUUCUUGAAACCGAAGGACCAAUUAUUAUCGGAAAUAUAGCCCUGAGAAGUUGCCAACCGGAAACAACUCCAAUUGUUGAGCCAGUAGCUAUUACUUCACAACCAUCAUCAAGUGUUCUUCCAACGACAGAUAUUGAAUCUCCUCCGUCAUAUUUGGAAGCAGUUUUUGGUUUCACUCAAAAGGAAAAUACUAACUCUGUGUACCCGAACGACAUCGAUAAGCAAUAA